AUGUCUCACAACUUUAUCAGCGCAGCUAAGACCGCUCUGCUCCUCGACAACACUCAACUCGGCCCUUCUCAAGUCCAGGUCUCAUCUGCAGCCGGUCUUUCUGACCUCGCUUCUUCUGCAGGUGCAACCUCAAAAGGCGAUGAAGCCAGUGAUGAUGAGCAUGAUCUUGCGCAAGAAGACAAACCCCGAUCACGCAUUGUGGCUGAGUACCUUGCGCACGGCUACGUCUUGACCGAUACAGCACUUCAGAGAGCUAUCGCAUUGGACAAUAAGCAUGGUGUUUCUGCCAAGUUCACGUCCGCUCUAACCGAUUUCGAUGGAAAGUACAAAGCUACAGACCGUGCCAAGGGCAUCGACACCUCUUACGGCAUUACUGAGAAGGCGGGACGCGGUUGGGCUGGCCUGAACAGCUAUUUCGAAAAAGCCAUAAACACACCGACUGGCCAACGAGUUGCCGCAUUCUACACAUCAACAAACCGACAAGUUCUUGACAUCCACCAAGAGGCAAAGAGACUCGCCGACCUGAAAGGUGGAAAGACUGCAUCUGGUCCAAGUUCCGAGGGUGGCACCCUGGAAGGUAACGAGAAGACCAAGGAGAAAGUGGAAGGCACGGAGAAGACCGUAUGUAAGUGCGGUGGUGAUACUGGAGUGUGCCCAUGCCAGGACUGCGCUUGCUCUGGUUGCGCAAAGGCUGGCACUCAGGGCGAUACAACCGCGACAGGACCGGCUGACAAAGUAGCGGAAACCGCAAAUGUGCAGCCGCUUGGUGAGAAGACAGCAUAG